AUGCUAAAGGCACAGCCACUCUAUACUAAAGAAAGAGAAAAGUCUGAUAUGGCCGAUUUAGAAAUAUUAGGAGGGAUUUCCUUUGAUUUACACAUCAACAAAGAUGAGGAAAUUAAAAAUUCAUUUGUUUCUUUAGUUGGCAAAUUAGGCACCCGGGAAUUUUUAGAGGAGUACUGUGUGUUAUACAGCAGAAUAAUGGCAAUACGGAACAAGAGGGGACAGAGCAUAUACCACGCAGAUAUACCACAGUUUGCAUUUGAGCAAGAAAGCGUAGAAGAUUGUAUAAGUGAGCCAGCAACAAAGUCACUAUUAGAUUCCUGCACUCUUCUUCAAGAAAUAUCCAUAAGCAGUGAUUAUGUAAAUAAGAACCCAUAA